UAAUCAUAUUACCAGUAUUUAAAUGACAAGAACUUAUUUUGCGUUCGUUGGUUCAUGCAAAAAAAUAUGUCAUUAAAAUCUUUAAUCACCCAAUUAAAAUUCAAUCCGAUGCCCCGAGGUGAAUGGUUUUUGUUUAUGUUUUACAAAGUUGCAGACGAGAAUGGUCGUCCAGAGGAAUGGAUAUUAACUACAGCCACACUCCGGUCACCAUGGAAAGUUUAGAACGCCAGCGCGCCAUGGCGAUGCCCAGGUGUAACACCCCAAGCGAGGCCCCGCCUCUGCCGGUAGGGAAAGAAUACCAUGCAUUUUUUAGUUUUCAUGGCGAAAAUCCGGAUUAUAAUUGGGUGAAAGCGGUGACGAGAGAGUUGGAAAGUCGUGGAUUCAAAUGCUGUGUGUUCCCGCGGGACCUAGACGCAGGAAGGUCCCUGUCUUAUAAUAUCAAACAAAUACUGACUAAAUGCUUGAGAAUUGUUACUGUUUUAUCCUCUGCUUAUAUAAAGAACGAAUGGUCACAAUUAGAAAUGGAGAUUAUUUCACUUGGAAAACUAGAUGAAUUAGUUUUUAUUCCUGUGUUAAUUGAACCUUGUGAUAUUCCGCCAUUCCUGAAAUACUACAGGUACGUAAAUGCAACGACCGCAAAAGAAACUUGGUGGAAUAUGUUUUAUGAACAGGUCCGUGGAAAUGCUCCUCGGCUCCCCCCGCGUAAGAAGUUCCACGCCUAUUUCGCCCAUACUCCAUCGGAUACAAAAUGGGUGACUAAUAUUGUAGAGCGCCUAGAAAGCCCACAUAAUAAUAUUAUUUGCUGUUACCCCGCACGGGAUUUCAAACCCGGAACCUCCAUCAAUGAGUCUAUCGACACUGCCACUAAGAAAUCUGUGAAAGUGGUUCUCGUCCUAUCCAAAAACUUUUUGCUGAAUGAGUGGAAACGGUACUAUGAAAAGAAAUUCAAACAUUUAAAGACUAUCCCAAUCAUCAUAUCAGACUGUGGAUUGCCCAUUGCACUGGACGACAUCGUCUGUAUUGAUGCCCGUAAUGUUGAAACUGACUGGUUUAAAGUGUUAUUACGAGCCAUCAACGAAGAAGAUCUGAGUGCUGAUGACGACACAGUGACCAGUACGAGUCAGUUUAUACGAGAUGAGGUCAUCUACACACCUGCAGCAGGGCCAUCAGUUGACCUUCCAACAAGUACUGCCCUUUGACGAGAUAACUAGUGCCAAAAAUACAUGCGAUAUUAUUAACAUUAUGUUCAAUGAAAAGUAAAUUUUUCUGAAAGAUUAUUUAUUCUAUAAAAAUUAAACAAUAGUUUCAUAAGGAGACCACAAUGAUAAGAUAUAUUGGAUUGUGAAAAUGCAAACUUUCUGUCUUGCAGGAAACCUCUUUCUCUGUUCUGCAACUUUGAGUUCGAUGUUCCUGAGUACAAUUGCAUGUGGAAACAUGUACCCAAAUAUUCAAAUACAUGAAUAUUUUGUAGAGUUGCGCUUGUUCGUUUGAUUUCAUUAUAGUAAGUGCACCUAAAAUACUUG